ACAGCGUGGGGAGAGAAACUGGCGGAGUUGCACUUCAGUUGGGACUGUCUUCUUGACAAAGCUCUACAAUGGAUACUUGUCCAACCAACCCAUCAGACUUGAAUGAGGCUGAGGAGAACGAGAUAGAGGUCAUCAAGAAGCACAAGAUCGAGUUGCUGGAAGACAUUAAGAGGCUAAAAGAGGAGAUAGCUCAAGUAUUUGAAGAGAUCGAUAGUUUCCAGCAAGCACAAACAAGAAAAAUGGUCCAGAAGGACAAAGAUCUAUGCAUUGGACGGAAGAAAUUUAACAUGGAUCCUACUAAGGGCAUCCAAUAUCUGACUGAGCACAAAGUGUUGUCAUCCAAUGUGGAAGAAAUUGCCAAAUUCCUUUUCAAAGGCGAAGGGCUCAACAAGACAGCCAUCGGAGAUUACCUGGGGCAGAGGGACCCAGUGAAUCUUCAAGUACUUCAGGCCUUUGUACAAUGCCACCAAUUUUCAAAUCUCAACCUUGUGCAAGCGUUACGGCAGUUUCUGUGGAGUUUCCGUUUGCCUGGGGAGGCACAGAAAAUUGACCGCAUGAUGGAAGCCUUUGCUAACUGGUAUUGUCAGUGUAACCCAGGAGUUUUCGAAUCAACAGACACCUGCUAUGUCCUCUCUUUCUCUGUCAUAAUGUUGAACACCAGCCUUCACAAUCCAAAUGUCAAAGACAAACCCCCUUUUGAGAGGUUUGUGUCCAUGAACAGAGGCAUUAACGAUGGAGGGGACCUUCAUGAAGUUCUCCUGAGGAGUUUGUUUGACAGCAUCAAGAACGAGCCAUUCUCCAUCCCAGAGGAUGAUGGAAAUGACCUCACCCACACUUUCUUCAACCCCAGUCGGGAAGGCUGGCUCCUUAAACUAGGAGGCAGAGUGAAAACCUGGAAACGCCGUUGGUUCAUUUUGACAGAUAACUGCCUGUACUACUUUGAAUUUACCACGGACAAAGAACCUCUGGGGAUUAUUCCACUAGAAAAUCUAUCUGUUCGACAAGUAGAUGACCCAAAGAAACCAAAUUGUUUUGAGCUCUUCAAUGCAAACUCCAAAGGGCAGAAGAUCAAAGCUUGCAAGACUGACGGGGAUGGGAAGGUGGUGGUAGGCAAGCACCAAUCCUACAAAAUCUCCGCAGCUACGCCAGAGCAGCGUGAUCAAUGGAUUGAAGCAAUACGAACCAGCAUCACUCAAGAUCCCUUCUAUGACCUGGUUUCUGCUCGUAAGAAGAAGAUUGCCAACAAAAAGUGAACCUCUUUGGCUACCAUCUUGCUCAACUAAUGUUUCAGCUUCAAGAAAAUAGCGUCCUUGGAGUCUUCUGGCAAAGGAACUCAAAGUGCCCCAAAUUCCAGUCUGAGACAGGCAAAUGACUGACAGGCUGGUGGGUGGCCUCCUCUUUCCACUCUCACAGCCAGAACCUGAAGAAUCUGAGACUGCUGCAGGAAUUAUGGCUCAUUUGCAUGUACAGGUAUCGGAGUCAACAUUCACCUCAUAUGGAGCAGUGUUUGGAUUUUUGAAUCCAUCAGUCACUGAUCUGCGUCAGAGAGCCCAGGAAAGGGGAUACCUCCUCUUAAAAUGACCAGAGAGCUUUUAUGUAUUUAAACCAAGAAAGACCUGGGUACAUUGAUUCCUGUCCUAUCCAACUUGCUGUUCCAUGAGUAAUGAUACAGUUCGACUUAUGUAGCACUUAAUAAACAAAUUCAUUUGGAAUAAUAGAAUGAAGGACAAAGGUUGAAGGGUAACAAUUCCGUAUUGUGCAGCCUGGCCAGAGUAGGCACUUAUAUAUUAUUGUGCUACCAAGCUUGACACAUGGUCCUUUUGAAGAUGUGAACUACUGCUGAGGUUACUGUACUGCUGAAUUUUACCUUCUCAGGACAGAAUCUUCCAACUAGAAUCUGACUCUAACA